AUGGACGACAGGCGUGAGCGGCUACGAAUCAGAAGUCGCACAAAGAAAGAAGACGUGCAGCAAGCAAAGAAAUUGGUGACCGAUGCGGAUGAGGUUCCAGCUAGCUGGACAGCCGUAGACCAUGGACAGAAGGUCGAUAUGUUGGAGAGACUGAAUGAGGAGCUCGAUCGGCAACGUUUGCCGACAAUAACAAUGAUCACCUACAGUCACAGAAUGGCGCAGGCCAUGCCACCAAUCAUACGUCAAGCAAAGCGGAAAACAGGAGGAGGAGGUCAGCUCGUGCAGGCCGAGGCGAGUACUGGAUCUCAGUCAACCUCGCCCACGCCAUUGCCCGGUGAACGCAUAGUGCUUCCGCCAAUUCGAGCUCAGCCCGAAUUAGCGCAACACCUCGAUGCGACGGCCUACGCGAGUGGUCGAGAGCAACAGAGUGAACGCACUGACGGGGGUAUUAGUGGCGAGGCUGAAGACGAGCAGGGUCCAUGA